CGAUACCCAUUGAUAAAGAUCUUGAUAAAAUAGUGGAAACUUGAUGAAUAAAUAAAAAUCUUGAUAGGAAUAUACAAGUUUGCGUGAAUGACAAUUGAUGCAUACUUCAUAACAGUUCACGUUUUUACUUGAAAUGGAUUAUCAUUGCCGCAACGAUUGUACAGUUCGUAAAAAAUCACGCGUAUGUUAUAUUUCCAAAUGUCUUAACAGUGAAAAUAGUGCAUUAUAUUAUUGGUAUAUCAUUGUAUUGUAAUGCUAUCUGUACUGUGACAAGUUCGUAAAUCCACCAAACAAAAUUUACAAAUAUAUUGUAUAAUUAUUAUGUACUUUGAAGUGGAGUCUGUCCAAAAGUAUCCAACUACAAACAUGAACAAGUCAGUGGAAGAUUUGCUAAUAUCUAGCCGUGAAGUUAUGACUAAUGUAAGCUCCACUGGGUUAGAAAAUCAGAAUCCAACAAUGAACAUAGGUAAUGGUAUAUCGGAUAAUGUUCAAGAAACAUGUACUGGCACAAGUGGAGAAAAAAAUAGCCCAGUUUCAAGCCCAAAUCUGUCUCCACGGCCUAGUCCAAAAGUACGUAAUAAACGAGAUCACUCCAAAGCAAAUCAUGAUUCAAAUGCCAAAGAAUCUAAUAAUGUGAACAAAUUAGAUGAUCAGCAACAGGAUAUAACAAACAAAUCAUCAGAUUCUUCCCAAACUGUAAAAAGUUCACAUGAUGGAAAGAAGGAAACACGGAGUAGUGAACGAAAUAAAAAGAAAUCUUGGUAUCAUGUUUUAUAUCCAACAUACAAAUCUAGAUCAGAUGACUUUAGACGUAUAUUUAAAGAUGUGCCAGAUGAUGAAAGAUUAGUCGUUGAUUAUUCAUGUGCACUCCAGCGUGAAAUAUUAGUUCAUGGAAGACUCUAUGUAUCUCAAAAUUAUGUGUGCUUUUAUGCAAAUAUUUUUAGUUGGGAAACUCUAGUAUGUUUACGUUGGAAGGAUGUUACAUCUAUUACCAAAGAAAAAACUGCACUUGUAAUUCCUAAUGCAAUUUCAAUAGGCACUGCCACUGAUAAGUUUUUCUUGACAUCUUUUGGUGCAAGAGAUAAAACAUAUGUAAUGUUGUUUCGUGUAUGGCAAAAUGCUCUUAUUGGCGAGCCAAUGAAUGCACCUGAAAUGUGGCAACUUGUACAUUCUUGUUAUGGAGAUGAGUUGGGUUUAACAUCAGAUGAUGAAGAUUAUGUACCGCCAUUGCCACCAGCUGAUGACGAGAAAUUAUCAACAAGAUUAUCUGUAGAAUCUUUUUCCGAGGUAGAAAGUGGUAAUGUGGAACAUUCUGUAAUUGGAGUGCCAGAUACAAUCACUGAAACAAAAGCAGAAGUUCAUCAUUUGCCUCGACCAGAUCCUAUUAUUGAUGCAACUGAUUUGAGUGAUACAACAGAAAGUGAAGCAGAAAAACAUGCAUUAAAAUUAGGUGUUCGAAGCAGUGUCGUAUGUACUUCACCACAUGAAGGUCGUCAAAUAAGCAAAGCCACACUUCCUAUUCACAUCGAUCAAUUAUUUACCUUAUUGUUUACAAAUUCAAAAUUUUUCUUAGAUUUUCAAACUGCUCGUAAAACUACUGAUUUAGUACAAUCAGAAUGGACUCAAAAUGAACAAACCGGUCAAAAAGUUAGAAAUCUAUCAUUUACAAUAGCACUAUCUCAAGCUAUUGGACCAAGAACUUCUCAUAUUUCAGAAACUCAGAUUAUGUUGCCAUGUAGCAGACCGGGUCAUUUAUACAGUAUUGAUGUAGAAAGCGUGAAUGCUGGAAUUCCAUAUGCAGAUUCAUUUUCUGUAUUAAUUCACUAUUGCAUUAUGAGCAUUUCUGAAAGUGAAACAAGUAUUGUAAUUUAUGCUCAAAUAAAGUACAAAAAGAAUGUAUGGGGUUUUGUAAAAAGCGUUAUUGAAAAAAAUUGUUGGGCUGGAUUAGAUGAAUAUUUUUCGAGUUUAAUAAAAGCGUUAACUAUGGAAUGUGAAGAAAAUAGUGGAAGUGUAGGAGUAAAAAGAAAAGCAAGAAGAAGACGUCGUGCUACAGGUCCUGGUAUUUCUUUACAAACUCAUUCCUCAGAUCACACGUCUUCCACUCUACAAAAUUCUUUAAAUUUGCCACAUAUUAACGAUAAUACUGUUCCUGCUACUCGAGGUGACUCUAAUAUGAUAAUUAGUUCAAUGCUAUUGAUUGCUGUCUUAUGUUUGAUGAUAAUUAAUGCCUUAUUAUAUUAUAAAUUAUGGAGUUUAGAAGAAGCAGCAGCUUAUACUAUUAUGGAUUUACAUGUAUUAAAAAAUACACCAAAAACCGAUGAAGAUUGGAUUCAAUUAUUACAACAACAAGAAAGUUUGCAUAAUAUAGAAAUGAGAAAAUGGCAAAGAGUAUUACAUACUGCUGCACAAUUGCUUAGACAAACAGAAGAAUCAUUAACAGAAUUACAAAUGAGUAUUCAUCCAACUGCGACAGAAAAAAUGUUCUCUGUGUUGAAGCCGAGCUUGAAAACUUUUAGUUCGCGUACAGAACAGCGAACUCAUUCAGAAAUGUAAAAAAGAAUUAUGUAAAAAUAUCCCGAUAAAGGUAACGUAAGUAUUAUGAUGCGAUAAGUCAUUUAAAAAAGUCAUGAUUCUAUACUUUAAGUGUACUUAAUAAGAAGAAUAUUAUACCAAUUAUUGUUGUACUUGCUAUGUACUAACUUAUAAUGUAGGUACACAAGUGCGCUCUGUGAUGACAAUUGUUGAUAACUUCAAAUGCACAACACACAUGCAAACUAUUUAUGAUCAAUAGAAAUUGCAAUUUAAAUUUGUUCGUUUUUAUUAUUUUCAAUCUUUCCAUUAUAUGUAAAAAUUUUUUUCAUAUAGGAUAUUAAAUUAAGCUAAAUUGCACUUUUAAUAUAUUCUUUAUAUCAUACAC